UCCGGCCCCCCUGAUCUUUCCACAGCCGGCUGCGUAGUAUCUAGAAGUAGCUGCCUGAGGUCGAAGAAGGAAUUUGAGAGUAUAAUAUUUCCAUUGGCCAAAUUUCUACUAGUCGCUCCUGGAGCAUUGUGCGCUGUUGUUUACAGCGGCUACGCCAACAAUAGCUUGCAGGUCAGCCAGGCUGCCAAGGUCAUCGCCCCUCAACUAUGA